UCGCAAUGUUGCAUUGAAUGUGACUGUGAUCUCACAACACCGGGACUCCCCAGACUUUUCAAUUGCUGGUCGAAAGUCCCUAAUUUCUCAGACAAGUUUUGGAUUCUAAGUUACAGAUAUUGUGCCCAACGCUGAAGGCAUCCUCUGUUGUUUUGAUGAUCCAAUUGCGCGUGUUUAUGGCUGUGAUGCCAUGCCAUGCUUGCUUGCGAAGUGCUAGAGAUCACUCAAUGCUCCACGGUACAUGAACCAAGUCAUCAGGGCAACGUCCAUUUACGACACGGCCUUUUCCUUCCCUUCACAUGAUGCACAAUCACCGAACAAAAUAAUCCUCAUUCAUUCAACCACACACAUGGACUUUAUUCGCACAUGGCACAAGACUCUCUCGUCCAGCGACGUGCUGCCGGCGAGGGAUGCUCACCUCGACGGAAGCAAUCCCGUCCACGCCACCCAAAACAAGGCAGCCGUCGUUACACAACUUCCCCUAGCACCCUCUGCGUCCGCCUCCGCCUUUCUGCAGCAUGCCGGGAGUACCUGGCCGAGGCCAAAAGGAAGUGGGCGUGUGCUGAUGCAAUGCAGGUCUCGGUGAAGUCUGUUACACCGCACAUAAUGGCGGAGCCUACAGUAUCAGUCAACAAAGGGGCUCGCACAUGCACGCGGUCAGCAACAUGUUGUGUCUCCCUCCUCCCUCCUCCCUCCCCGUCGAGGGUGAGUGUUGCACAAGCUGGCGACGCGGGUGGCGGCCGAAAACACUCGCUUUCCCUCCUUCCCUCACGGCGCAAGGCAGCCAGCCAGCCCGGCCUGCCUGCCAGUCAGUAACAAAGCCACGGUGAGCAGCGCCUUGUUGUGCAACCGACAUGCCCCUGUCUGCAUGAGGAUUACCUACAGUACCUUAAUGUACU